AUGUCGAGGCGUACGCAGUAUCUCAAGUCUUCUACACAGUUGGAAUAUGGUAUAGGAUAUAGUCUGAGUGUCUUCGUCGCAGAUACAUCCUCCCUACGGUAUCGAGGUCUGAUUCAGGCAUUUCUAAGUGGGCCGAUAUCAACAGCUUUUUUGAAUGGACCUGGCUGGCGCUGGGCCUAUGGAGCGUUCGCCGUUCUUGUUCCGCUUGUGACUUUUCCGCUAUCUGGCCUUUUUAUGUGGCAGUUUUUCACAGCUAAGAAGCUGGAUCUUAUACCAAAGAAUGAUAGUGGUCGCACUACCUGGCGGUCUAACAUUUAUUACUGCCGGGAGUUCGAUGCUGUUGGUCUCAUUCUAAUAUCUACUGUCGUCGUGUUCUUUCUAUUGCCAUUCAACCUUUACACUAUUGAGGCCAAGGGAUGGGGAUCUUCCCUUAUCAUCUGCUUCUUAGUUUUUGGAGUCGUAUUGAUUAUCGCUUUCGCCAUAUGGGAGAAGUUGUUCGCCCCCAUAUCGUUCAUUCCAUGGUCACUCCUCAAGGACCGUACAGUCUUUGGUGCUUGCCUCCUCUCCUUUACACUAUUCGUCAGUUACUCCUGUUGGGUCAGUUAUUUUACCUCUUUUCUACAAGUUGUGAACAGCCUUAGUAUUACCGAGUCCAGUUAUGUCAUGCAGACGUACACUGUCGGCGGUGUCCUGCUCGCACUCGUCACUGGCGGUGUCAUCAGCUUUACUGGACGUUACAAACCCAUUGCACUUUAUUUUGGUGUUCUAGUCACGAUCCUGGGCACGUCGCUCCUGAUUUACUUUCGUCAGACUGACCAGAAAGCCGGGUAUAUCGUCAUGUGUAUGAUCUUGAUUUCGUUUGCAGAAGGGGUCUUGGUCAUCUGUGCCGAGAUCGCCAUCAUGGCCGCCGCCGCAGAGCAGCAAUAUUUCGCCGUCCGUCUGGCUUUGUUGGGCUUGUUUGGAAACAUUGGUUCUGCUAUUGGUUUAACCAUAUCGGCUGCUAUUUGGCAGAGUACAUUGCCCAAGAAGCUUUUUGCAAAUAUUCCCGAUAUAGACCAAGCAGAUCUACUCCUAAUAUAUGAGUCCUUACCGAUGAAAUUUUCAUUCCCACCAGGAACGACUGAGCGCCUUGCAAUUCAGCUCGCCUAUAGUGACUCGCAGGAGGAUUAUUGA